AUGGCGAGCCAUAUCCGCGCCACCUGGAAGGAAACGUCCGACUGGAUCUUCACCACGGGUGACAACCACACCACGGCGGAGGCGGUCGAGUUCCACAAUCUCGGCGCCCAGGACUACUAUGUCGACAUGAACACGGACCUCAACUACUUCGAGACCGGUAUCGUCGCGCAAUUCGGAACCCUGUCCUGCCUUUCGCUGUACAUGCACAACAAGGACGGGAAGUUUGCAGGGUUUUCACGAACAGCAAUCCGCGGAAAUCGAGGAUGGCUCGGCGGUAUCUGUCUCGCGCCGGAGUUUCGAGGCCGCGGCGGAGGCUCACUGCUUUUCGAGGAGUACGUGAAUCUGUUGAGGGAGAGGGCGUCUAUAAAGACGCUGCAGUUCGAAUGCAUCGCGCAAAACACCCGUGCGUUGACGAUGUAUGGGAAGUUCGGCUGCGAGAUCAAGGGAGACUUGAUCACGUAUACGACGGAGUUGCAGGACUUCGAGCCCGCUCCUGGGGGAUUGACCAUGACCACGAGCGACCGAAUCGAUUUGAGGUCGCCAUGGCUGCAGCAUACGACCAACUAUCCCUGGCAGCGGGAGUUUAGUGUGCUGCUCGCUGGUCCACACGAGCAGUAUAGGUUCACGCUGGACGGGGAAGUGGUGUUGGAGCUGGCUGUAGAUGCGACACGGAAUCCUGUCCGGAUUGAUGGCAUAGCGUACCAGCAAAGACCGACGCCAGAAAGGCUGACAGAGGCCAUACGAAUGAUGUCGAAGAGUCUGUCGAAGACAAAGUUCCGCGUCUCGAAUGAACCAUCGGAUUCAGAUGUCACGCCGCUUCUUGAAGCCGUCCUCAAGCGCGAAGAGCUGUACCAGAAGGCUUUGGUUCUGCGCAUGGACCAUAAAUAA